AUGGGGCUGCUGACUGGGGAGGCCCUGACCACCUUGGCUGUGGCCUUGGCCAUCUUCCUGCUCCUGGUGGAUCUGAUGCACCGGCGAGUUCGCUGGGCUGCCCGCUACCCUCCAGGCCCUGUGCCUCUGCCUGGACUGGGCAAUCUGCUACAGCUGGAUUUCCAGGACACGCCACACAGCAUAAACCAGCUGCGGCGCCGCUUCGGGGACGUGUUCAGUCUACAGCUGGCCUGGACGCCAGUGGUCGUGCUCAAUGGGCUGGAGGCCGUGCGGGAGGCGCUGGUGCUCCGCGGCGAGGACACGUCCGACAGACCGCCCAUGGCUAUCUACAAGCACCUGGGCUUUGGGCCAGGAGCCCAAGGCGUGAUCCUGGCACGCUAUGGCCACGCAUGGCGCGAGCAGCGGCGCUUCUCCGUGUCCACAUUGCGCAACUUCGGUCUGGGCAAGAAAUCUCUGGAGCAGUGGGUGACCCAGGAGGCCGCCUGCCUCUGUGCUGCCUUCGAAGCCCAGGCAGGACGCCCCUUUAACCCCCAAAACCUCCUGAACAAAGCGGUGAGCAAUGUCAUCGCCUCCCUGACCCAUGGGCGCCGCUUCGAGUAUGAUGACCCGAUCCUUCUCAAACUUUUGGAGCUGAUCCAGAUCUCACUGAAGGAAGACACGGGCUUAGUUCCCGAGGUGCUGAAUGCGAUUCCUGUGCUUCUGAACAUCCCGGGACUGGCCAGCAAGGUCUUCUCGGGACAGAGGGCCUUCAUGGCCACGCUGGAUGAGCUGGUCACUGAGCACCGGGAGAGCCGGGACCCGGCCCAGCCACCGCGUGAUCUGACCGAUGCCUUCCUGGAUGAGGUGGAGAAGGCUAAGGUGAAGCCCGAGAGCAGCUUCAAUUAUGAGAACCUGCGUCUGGUGGUGGCUGACCUCUUCUCUGCAGGGAUGGUGACCACGUCCACCACACUGACCUGGGCUCUCCUGCUCAUGAUCCUGCACCCGGAAGUGCAGCGGCGUGUCCAGCAGGAAAUCGACGAGGUGCUAGGGCAGGAACGGAGACCUGAGAUGGCUGACCAGGCCCGCAUGCCCUUCACCACAGCCGUGGUCCACGAGGUGCAGCGCUUUGCGGACAUAGUGCCAUUGGGUGUUCCUCACAUGACUUCCCGUGACACUGAGGUGCAGGGCUUCCUCAUCCCCAAGGGGACCAUGCUCUUCCUCAACCUGUCAUCGGUGCUGAAGGAUGAGGCUGUCUGGGAGAAGCCCUUCUGCUUCCACCCGCAACACUUCCUGGACGCCCAGGGCCACUUCGUGAAGCAGGAGGCCUUCAUGCCUUUCUCAGCAGGCCGUCGCUCAUGCCUCGGGGAGCCACUGGCACGCAUGGAGCUCUUCCUCUUCUUCACCUGCCUCCUGCAGCGAUUCAGCUUCUCUGUGCCCACUGGACAGCCCAGGCCCAGUGACCAUGGCCUCUAUGCCUUCCUGGUGACCCCUGCCCCCUACCAGCUGUGUGCUGUGCCCCGCUAG